UCAGAUGAAGGAAUUGAAGCUUGCACAAUUUCUUCUGAAAAAGUGAAUGCAAAUGACAUUAUCCUAGUUGCCCUUAAUACAGAUUUAAGAACGAUUGGAAAGAAAUUCCUCCCCAGUGACAUCAAUGGUGGAAAGGUGGAAAAGCUGGAAGGGCCAUGUGUUCUGCAAAUACAGAAAAUACGCAAUGUUGCUGCACCAAAGGAUAAUGAGGAAUCUCAGGCUGCUCCCAGAAUGUUACGUUUACAGAUGACUGAUGGACACACAAGCUGCACAGCUGUAGAAUACAGUAGCAUGUCAAAAAUUAGCCUGAACACUCCACCUGGAACAAAAAUUAAGCUUUCAGGAGUUGUUGAAGUGAGAAAUGGAUUCUUGCUGUUGGAUGACAGUAACACAACAGUUCUUGGAGGUGAAGUGGAGCAUCUUAUAGAAAAGUGGGAAUUACAAAGGAGUUUAGCAAAACAUAACAGGAGUAACAUUGGAACAGAAGGUGGCCCUCCCCCUUUUGUACCUUUUGGGCAGAAGUGUGCAUCUCACAUGCAAGUGGAUAGCAGAGACCUUGAUCGCAGGAAGACUCUGCAAAUGACCAAUACUGUAAAACCGGUUGCGGAUAACGAUGAAUUUGAAAAGCAGAGAACAGCUGCUAUUGCAGAAGUAGCAAAGAGCAAGGAGACCAAGACAUUUGGAGGAGGUGGUGGCAGUAGCAGAAGUAAUCUCAGUGUGAACGCUGGAGGGAAUCGAAGCAGGGAACUGUUCCAGAAAGAGAAGAUAACAAAACCUGAGGGAAAGAAUGAAGGUGUCUACAGAGAACUGGUUGAUGAAAAGGCUCUAAAACACAUAACAGAGAUGGGUUUUGGCAAAGAAGCAGCAAGACAGGCACUUAUGGAUAACAGUAACAACCUAGAGGCAGCAUUAAAUUUUCUUCUGAACAGCAGUAAACAGAAACCCAUUCAGGGACCACCACCUAGAGGUAAAGGGAAGGGCCGAGGCCGAAUAAGACCUGAAGAUGAAGAAGAGCUAGGAAAUGCCAGACCAUCUGCACCAAGCACACUGUUUGAUUUCUUGGAAUCCAAAAUGGGUACUCUAACAGUAGAGGAACCAAAAUUGCAAUUUCAGCCACCGCAUCAAGUGCAGCACAAAGUUAUGAAUACAGAACAGAAUGGCAUCAGAGAGAAUCAUUCAAGACACAUCUCUCACAUGAGACAACCAAGGAAUGAGAAGCCUCCUCGUUUUCAAAGGGAUAUUCAAAAUUCUAGGCAGGCUUCAGAAAGUGGUGGGUUACCAAGAAACAGAGGUUCUGAAAAGCACAGUUCCCUAGAACAUUGGACAGAUGAAAAAAAAAAAAGUGACAGACAUUAUCCUAGAAAUGAUAGGCCAAAGGAUUCGGGUUAUCCCGUAGCCACUCACCAGAGUGAUAUUGCUUUCAAAAAAAGGGAUAACAAUAUGCAAAACAGAAUAGGAAAAGGUGUGUCUUUCACAGACUUCCAGGAGAACUCUGCUGCUCAAGAUACUACAGACCACAAUAACCAGAAACGUGGGAAAAGGGAAACCCAAAUACACAAUUCUGAAAAUUUUUGUGAUAGGAAGGCACGAACAAUAAGUAAUGAAGGCUUUAUGGUAAAAAGUGAACAACAUUUUGGUGUCAACAAUGAUUACCAAAAUCCUGGUAGAACUGAUAAUUUUAAUGCUGUACCAAAUGGAGAUAUUGAGCAUCAUCAGAAAGGAAGACGAGUAGGACCUAUCAAAUCAUCAGGACCCACUGCAGUCCCCUCUUUUGAUGAUAAAAUGUUGUAUUACAACACCGGUCCCAAAAGGAGAUCUGGGCCCAUCAAACCAGAGAAAAUAUUAGAAUCUUCAAUUCACAUGGAAUAUGGAAGAAACUGGAGACCAGGGGAUGAGUGUUUUGCUCUUUAUUGGGAAGACAACAAGUUCUACCGGGCAGAAAUUGAAGCUCUCCAUUCUUCUGGGACAACUGCAGUUGUUAAAUUCUGUGAUUAUGGAAAUUAUGAAGAGGUGCUUCUCAGCAACAUCAGGCCUGUUCAUGCAGAGACAUGGGAAGAAGAAACAUACGAGCAAACUCUGGAAUUCCGCAGAGGAGGUGAUGGCCAGCCGAGACGGUCCACAAGACCUACUCAACAAUUUUAUCAACCCCCAAGAGCUAGAAACUGAUGAAUAAGAAAUAAAAG